AUGGCACCAGCUUCGAUCGAAUCGCCAUCUCAGACAGAUACCCCAAUGACCGAAGCUUACGAUGAUGCCAUCCCAUCCAUUCCUGUAGAUAGUGCAGACGCGCCUCAGAGCUACCAAGAUACACCUGAUUACACGGAUUCGGAGACAAAUCCAAACACGACUGCUAGUAGUGUCGCAGGCGACCUACAGGCGGACGGGCGACGACGCAGAUCAGAGGCCACGCAGCUGAGAAAGAGUAUAUUGGGAAAGAAGCAUGGUCGCUUAGAUGAAUCGAAGGACGAUGAUACCAUCCGACGCUUUCGCUAUCUUCUUGGCCUGACUGAUUUGUUUCGUCACUUUAUCGAGACCAACCCGAACCCUCGAAUCAAAGAGAUCAUGGCAGAGAUUGAUCGUCAAAAUGAGGAAAAGACUGAACAAGCUCGGAAGGGCACAUCGCGCUCUGGUGGUGCAGGUGGAGAACGACGUCGUCGAACAGAGAAGGAAGAGGAUGCGGAGCUUCUCCAGGAUGAGGUGCGGGGCGGGGACAAUACAACUGUAUUCCGCGAAUCUCCUGCUUUCGUGCAUGGCGAGCUUCGAGAUUAUCAAAUCGCUGGUCUGAACUGGCUGGUGUCACUCCAUGAGAAUGGCAUCUCCGGUAUCCUCGCCGAUGAAAUGGGUCUUGGAAAGACGCUGCAAACCAUUUCUUUCCUGGGCUACCUUCGAUUCGUUUGCGAUAUUACUGGGCCGCACCUGGUGGCUGUGCCCAAGUCCACCCUUGAUAAUUGGAAGCGCGAGUUUGCGAAGUGGAUUCCGGGCAUCGACGUGCUUGUGCUGCAAGGCGACAAAGAUGAAAGACAGCGCCUGAUCAACGAAAGACUGGCAGACGGAAACUUCGACGUUUGCAUCACCAGCUACGAAAUGAUUCUUCGCGAAAAGUCCGCUCUUAAGAAGCUUCCGUGGGAAUACAUCAUCAUCGACGAGGCUCACCGUAUCAAGAAUGAGGAAUCAUCGCUCUCACAAAUCAUCCGUCUGUUCAACUCCCGCAACCGUUUGUUGAUUACUGGAACUCCCCUGCAAAACAAUCUGCACGAGCUUUGGGCACUUCUGAAUUUCUUGCUUCCGGAUGUCUUUGGUGACUCGGAGGCAUUCGAUCAGUGGUUCUCCGGUCAGGACUCCGACCAAGAUACAGUCGUGCAACAAUUGCAUCGUGUCUUGCGUCCCUUCCUGCUCCGAAGAGUCAAGAGCGAUGUGGAAAAGAGUCUUUUGCCGAAGCAAGAGAUCAACUUGUACGUUCCACUGGCUGACAUGCAGCGAAAGUGGUACCAAAAAAUCCUCGAAAAGGACAUCGAUGCGGUGAAUGGUGCAGGUGGGAAACGCGAGUCAAAAACGCGACUACUCAACAUUGUCAUGCAAUUACGCAAGUGCUGCAACCAUCCCUACCUAUUCGAAGGUGCCGAACCUGGUCCACCAUACACCACGGAUGAGCACCUGGUGUACAAUUCUGGCAAGAUGGCCAUCCUGGACAAGCUUCUCAAGCGAAUGAAGGCCGAUGGCAGUCGCGUCCUUAUUUUCUCACAAAUGAGUCGCGUUCUUGACAUUUUGGAGGACUACUGCUGUUUCCGCGACUAUCAGUACUGUCGUAUUGACGGCUCAACGGCACACGAGGAUCGCAUUGCUGCCAUUGACGACUACAACAAACCGGGGUCUGAGAAAUUCAUUUUCCUCCUCACUACACGUGCUGGCGGACUAGGUAUCAACUUGACAACUGCCGACAUUGUAGUUCUUUUUGAUAGUGAUUGGAACCCCCAGGCCGAUUUGCAGGCUAUGGAUCGUGCGCACCGAAUCGGUCAAACGAAACAGGUCAAAGUGUUCCGGUUCGUGACCGAGAAUGCGAUUGAAGAGAAAGUUCUAGAGCGGGCGGCCCAGAAGCUGCGUCUAGACCAACUUGUCAUCCAGCAAGGUAGGGCCCAGCAGGGUUCUAACAAGGCUGCUUCAAAGGACGAACUGCUCGGUAUGAUCCAGUUCGGGGCCAAUGAUCUCGUCGAGAAGAACGCCACCGAUUCCACUUCAAACGAUAUCACCGAAGAUGAUUUUGAGGCUAUUCUCAGGAAGGGCGAGGAGAGAACAGCCAAGUUGAACAAGAAAUACGAGUCCCUGGGCAUCGAUGACUUGCAGAAGUUUAGCUCUGAAAGCGCCUACGAGUGGAACGGCAAGGAUUUCACCGAUCGCAAAAAGGACAUUGGUAUGACAUGGAUCAAUCCUGCCAAGCGUGAGCGUAAGGAGCAGUUCUACUCCAUCGACAAGUACUACCGUCAGGCGUUGGCUACCGGUGGCCGCACUGCCGACACCAAACCCAAGGUACCUCGUCCGCCAAAGCAGAUCACCAUUCAUGACUGGCAAUUCUUCCCGCCCGAGCUACAAGAGCUACAAGCGCAGGAGACAGCCUGGCAUCAAAAGCAAAUCGGCCACAAGGCGGAGCUGCUGGAAGGCCCAGAAGAAACACUCAGUGAGCGCGAAGCAGACCGGGAAUUGGCCCAAUACACCAUCGACAACGCCCAACCCCUCACGGAGGAAGAACAGGCCAAGAAAGCUGCAAUGACAGAAGAGGGCUUUUCAACUUGGAACCGGCGUGACUUCCAGCAAUUUGUCAAUGGUUCAGCCAAAUUCGGGCGAACAGACUAUGAAGGCAUCGCUACGGAGAUUGACAGCAAAGAUCCUGACGAGAUUAAAGAAUAUGCUGCGGUCUUCUGGGAACGGUACUCCGAGAUUGAAGAUUACCCGAAAUAUCUGAGGGUGAUAGAGCAGGGAGAAGAGAAGCUGAGAAAGAUGAACCAUCAGCGCAAGAUGUUGCGUAAGAAGAUGGAGAUGUAUCGUGUGCCUCUUCAACAGCUCAAAAUCAACUACACCGUGUCCACCACCAACAAGAAAGUCUACACUGAAGAAGAAGAUCGAUUCUUGUUGGUUAUGCUUGAUAAGUAUGGUGUGGAAGGCGACGGUCUGUUUGAGAAGAUUCGCGACGAGAUCCGUGAAUCCCCUCUCUUCCGAUUCGACUGGUUCUUCCUGAGCCGCACGCCCGUCGAGAUCAGUCGUCGCUGCACGACACUACUCAACACCGUGGCCAAAGAGUUUGAGUCCGAUGCUGACGAGACCAAGAAGAGCAAGGCCAAUGGAGAGGGCAAAGGCCGCGGACGCGCCCGUGAGGAAGAAGAGGGGCAGGAUGACGCAGCACCUGCAAAAAAGAAGGCCAAGAACGGCGCCGUGACGAAACAGGCCAAACCUGCUAAAGGUAGCAAAGCUUCGUCUACGGCGACCUCAAGAGCGGCUAGCGUUGCCAACGCACCAAAGUCUAAGUCUAGGAAGCGAUGA